AAUUAAUUAUUAAUUUACUUUUGACAAUUACUAAUUAGCCAUUACAAUCCAGCAAAACUAAGUCGGCAGGCAGCAGAUAAAUUAAACCACGCGCGCGCGGUAUACACUUGUGAACACGUACGUAGGCGGGAAAGAAGAAGGAAAACGCAACAAAAUUAAUGGAGCAUCCAACUAAGUUGAUUUCGCCUAAACUAAAGCUGCAUCUACUAUUACUAGCUGCUAAUUAACAACGCACUAACUAUAAUAAACAUGCUAAGUGGACUAGCUAGCUAAGCUAAGCUACUACAGUACUCCUCUCCCACUUGACCACCUCAGCUUCCUCCUCCUUUCUCAUACUAAGAAAGAAUUCAGAGUCAAAUUUCUCAGCCACCUCGCCUAUAUAUACAUCCCAUGCCUAGCUUAAUUCCAUCAUCCAUCAUCACACAGCUCACUGACCAGCAGCUCAGCCUCAUCACUCACGAGCAAUCAGCUAGCUAGCUUAGCUUGAUCACUACACCUCCAUAGAUCUUAGCUUAAUUAGCUUAGAUUAUACAAGUGGUCAAGUCAAGAACUGUACCAAUGGCAUCAUCAAUGGCGCCUGCAGCAGCAAUGGCGAUCCUCCUCCUGGCGCUUCUCAUGCCCGCCACGCUGUGCUCCCGCUCAGGGCCGCCCUCGUCCAAGCACGGCCACGGCGGCCACGCCAAGCGCGCGCCGCCGCCGGCGUCGCCCGUGGUGCCGGUGGCGCCUCAGGCCGCGGCGCUGGUGCGCGCCACCUGCAACUCCACCGCCUACUACGACGUGUGCGUGUCGGCGCUCGCCGCCGACCCGUCGAGCACCACGGCCGACGUGCGCGGGCUCUCCGCCAUCGCCGUGUCCGUGGCCGCGGCGAACGCGUCCGGCGCGGCGCAGGCGGCGGCGGCGCUGGCCAACGGCACGGCGCCCCUCGCCGCCGCUGCCGCCGGCGACGGCACCGUGCAGGCGCUGCUCCGCGCGUGCGCCGGCAAGUACGGCGACGCGCGCGACGCGCUGGCGGCGGCGAAGGAGUCGAUGGGGCAGCAGGACUACGACCUGGCGACGGUGCACGUGAGCGCCGGCGCCGAAUACCCGCAGGUGUGCAAGGCGCUGUUCCGGCGGCAGAGGCCCGGGGCGUACCCGGCGGAGCUGGCGGCGAGGGAGGAGGCGCUCAACAAGCUCUGCUCCGUCGCGCUCGACAUCAUCGCCCUCCUCACCUCCUCUCCUGCAUCCAACAACAACAACAGCUAGAGCUAGAUACGUAUAAAUACGGUAUAAUACUACUAGUACUGCAUGCGUACGUGCUAAAUACGUGUAAUGACAUGUAUUUGGUAGUAACUAGUUAAUCCUGUGUGGUGCUGAGUGAGGAUAUAUAUGUUCUUCUUGUAUUACUAAGUAUAGAUGAGUUAAUUACUGCCGUGCUGAAGCUUAGCAUGCUGCAUCUUGUACUUCACUUUGGCUCCAGUAUAAUUAGUCACUAUUCAUUUUUGUUGAAUUAAAA